AUUUAUUCUCAGGAUCUAUCCCGUCCUCGCUUUGUCUUCACUCGUCUCCUUUGCUUAGUGUAUUGGAUUUUUCCUUUAAUCGAUUCAAUGGCAGUUUGUCCAGUGGACUAGGAGAGUGUUCUAAACUCAAAGUCUUUCGUGCCGGGUACAACAAUCUCUCAGGUUCACUUCCAGAAGAUAUCUACAAGGCUGCAAAACUUGAGGAAGUUGCAAUGCCUCGCAAUUCACUUGUUGGAGUCAUCAGUGAUAGAAUACUGAACCUCACCAACCUCGCAAUUCUUGACCUCUCUGUCAACCAAUUGAGUGGUGUGCUUCCUCCAAACUUUGUUUUCCGAUGAGUCUUUAUUCAUGCAAGUCCCUGAAAGCAGUUCGACUUGGUUUAAACGAUAUGCAAGGAGAAAUACAACCUGAGAUUCUAUCAUUGGAAUCCUUAUCCUUCCUCUCACUCUCUUAUAGUCGAUUGAGCAACAUCACAAAGGCAAUGAACAUAUUGAGGUAUUCCAAAAGUCUUAUAUUUUUAUCCUUGGCAUUUAGUUAUGAAGCAGACGAGGAAAGUCCAGCUGAUUUUGGCAUAGCAGAUUUUGAUGGGUUUCAACGUCUUCGAUUUUUGAGUUUGGGUGGUUGUAACCUCGUUGGUGAGAUACCUGCAUGGUUAUCAAAGCUCAAGAAUCUAGCAGUCUUGAGUUUAUAUAAAAAUAAACUCACAGGGCCAGUUCCAAGUCAACUAGGGACUCUCCCAAGGUUGUUUUAUCUGCAUCUAGGUUCAAACAGAAUUGUAGGUGAAUUUCCAAAGCAACUUUUGAGACUACCUAUGUUGGUUUCUGAAUCUAAUCAAACUGCAGAUUCUGAUGAUGCUCAUCUUGAAUUGCCUGUAAUCACAUAUCCAAACAGAGGUACAGGUCAGCAAUACAAUUCCUUGUCUUUUUUUCCACGGGGUAUAUGCUUGGGAAACAACAACUUCUAUGGAAGUAUACCUACUGAAAUCAGCGAAUUAGACCGUCUCCAAAGCUUGGAGCUUAACAACAAUAACUUCACCGGCGACAUCCCCGCCCAAACAUCUAACCUCAAGGAAUUGAAUGUUUUGCAACUCUCCAAGAAUCAUUUGUCCGGAAAAAUCCCAUCAUCACUGACUAGUCUGAACUUUCUGUCAAAUCUUAAUGUCUCCUACAACAAUUUGGAAGGACAAAUACCAAAAGGCACUCAAAUCCAAGGCUUUGAUGUAUCUUUAUUCGAAGGGAACCCCAAACUUUGUGGUCUUCCACUUCCAAAUGAGUGUCCAACAAUUAAGGGAAUUGAAUCAAUUGAUGACCUAGACGUGGACAACGACAACGAGCAUCAAACUGCAUGGGUUUCUGUUCCUGUUGGGCUUGGGUUCAUUGUAGGAUUCUGGGGAGUCUGUUGUUCAUUGAUUUUCAACCAGACGUGGAGAUAUGCAUACUUCCGAUUCACAGAAAAAGUACAAGACAUAUUUUAUGUAAUGAUCGUUCUGCACAUCAACAAGAUGAAGAGAAUGCUUGAGGCUUCCUCUUUUUAAUGAGUUUAAGUACUGCACAACUGUAGGCCCAAUUUGGGACUGGUCCUGAGCUGUUUUUAGUGAAAACAUUAUUAAUCCAAUUUAAAAGCUUAGUUGUACCCAGAACACCACGUGUUAACCUAUGGAGUGGAUAAUUAAUUCCUGAGAUAAUUUAAUAGGUUCAAUUUGUCACA